AUGCAUAUCACCACUCUGCUGUGCUGUACACAGAUGGAUGUUUUAAAGCCCAAAGAAAGUUGGAGCUGCAGUGCCUGGGGUAACUUCCACUUUAAGACAUUCGAUGGAGAAAUCUAUCGUUUUCCGGGAGAAUGUAACUACGUGUUUGCUUCUCAUUGUCGAAGUCACUAUGAAGACUUCAAUAUACAGAUUCAACAAUCACUGGUCAAUAAUCGAACCACCAUCUCUCAAGUAUCUUUGAACCUAAAUGAAUUGCUAAUAGAAAUCAUUGAUCAUGUUCCCAUAGUCCAUGGACAACGGUUAGAACUUCCAUAUAUUGAUAAUGGCAUCCAAAUAGAAAAAAAUGAGGAUACACUGAAGAUUGCUGUUAAAUUCAUGUUAGAUUUUUUUUUGGACGAGAAUAACGCCAUUCAUGUAUUUCAGAUCAAUUAUGAUAACAGUGAUUUUCCUCAUGUAACAUAUGAAAAGGAAGUCAUGGCUAAAGCUGGAGUCCAAAUUUGCUGGGCAUCCUCAUUCUACAUGAUUGUGCAUACCAACCUGGGCAUCUACCUGGAGGUGCAGCUCACACCAAUCAUGCAACUGUAUAUUAUUAUUGACCCAGCUUACAAGGAGAAAAUGUGUGAUGGACAUAUAGAUGUAAUGGAAACAUCCAGUAAUAUUGAAAUCCCUUACAUAACUCGAAGUAUGGGUAUAUAUUUCGUUAUUGAGACCAAUAAUGGACUUGUUUUAGUAUGGGACAAGAUGACAAGUAUUUCAAUUCAUCUAAACAGGAGCUAUCAGGGCAAGGUCUGUGGUCUUUGUGGAAACUUUGAUGGAAACAGGAAAAAUGAUUUUACUACAAGGAGUCAGUGUUUAGUAGAAGAUGUGAAAGAGUUUAGAGACAGCUGGAAAAUAUCUACAGACUGUCCAGAAGUUUACAUAUCCAAGGAACCAUGUGCUAUUCACCCGUACAGGAUGCCAUGGGCACAGAAAAAGUGCUACAUUAUUAAAAGUGAUGUGUUUGCAAGAUGCCAUGCGGAGGUCAACCCUCAAGAAUAUUAUGAGGCUUGUGUCAGAGAUACAUGUGCAUGUGACACUGGAGGAGAUUGUGAAUGUUAUUGUACAGCAGUUGCUGCUUAUGCUCAAGCAUGUAGUGAAGCCUGUGUAUGUGUAGAAUGGAGAACUGAUACUGUCUGCCCUCUGUUCUGUGAUAUAUACAACAAUGAUGGGCAAUGCCAAUGGCACUACAAGGCUUGCGGUGCUGUUUGUUUAAAAACAUGCAGAAAUCCCAGUGGCAUAUGUCAUUGGGAAAUUAAAGGAUUAGAAGGAUGCUAUCCCAAAUGUUCAAAGGAGAGGCCAUACUUUAAUGAAGAUGAAAUGCAGUGUGUGGCUGACUGUGGCUGCCUGGACAAUACAUCCAAUUAUUACAAACUUGGAGAGAAAAUUGAAUCCUGCAACAUCUGUGAAAGCUGCCGCAAGGCCUGGAACUUGAAUCCAUCAACAACCCCCCUUUACAUGAAGGUGCACUCUACUUUCCAGACCUCUGAGUCCACCUUAAUGUCUUGUAACCCCAAUGUAUGGAUGCAGGAAGUGGUGUCUCAGGGCUUCAAACUCAAGUUUAAUUCCCUGCUCCCAUCUCUUACAUCAAAUCUCCCUGUUACCCCUCAGCAAUUUGCAAUCUUUGUUCACUCUCUAGAAUUAAGGACCAAGGGUUCAUAG